AUUCGUCACGUCACGCAUCACAUCCCACUGUUCCUUGCCUGGAUGGCGGACUCUGAACCGGAGGGCCCGCGACUCCACCCACCACUCCAACAUUCCGUUUCACCUAGAGACCUUGAGCCGGACGAAAAAGAUCUAGAAAAAAUUCGUCAAUGGCAGGAAGCCCGCAUCGAGAAAAAACUGCGUGGCGAAUACGAGUCGACUGUAAUCCAGUUGCAGGAUAUUAUCAACAACAAUGCAUCCACUCCUUCCCAAAUAUCUUCGGUUCGUGUAGAAGGCGGACAAUACUACACUCGACCCUCUUUCUUGGGCUCCGUCAUUAGCCCUCUCCUGCCGCCUCCGAGCGAACCAAAUGAUCUUGAGACGGUCACCAAAGCUGCCGGGAGGAUUGCUAGUGCUCUUUUGGCGACAGGAAUGUACAGUUCCGUGGAUGCCAAACUGGAACGAGCCAAAUCACCUAUGGCUGCGCCGUUCGACGUCGACCUUGUUCUAACCACCCGUCACAAACCGCGGUAUUUUCUCAGUGCGAAAACUGAGGCGAGUGAAGAUGAGGGGAGCGUGAGCAUCGUUGGUCGCGUGGUCAAUGCCUUUGGUGGCGCAGAGAUGUUGGAGGCAAAUUUGACGAGAGGAACGACGACAAGAAUGGCAGCUGAUGCAAGCUUGAUUUUCCCGCUCACCUCUUCGUUGAAUACUUGGGGACAACUACAAAGCUACGUGUUUGAACGCGACUAUUCGGGUUUUGCUAGUUGCACCGAGGCCGUCCGUGGCGCCAAGGCUCUUGUCAGGAGCGGAUUUCCCGCCACUGGAAAGCACGAAUUUGCAUACGAAGCUGUGGUCCGCCAUCUCGGUAAUCUCAAGCCGAACGCUUCCAUGAGCAUGAGGGAAGCUGCGGGUCAGAGCGUCAAAUCCGCUCUUUCGCAUGCCUUUGUCGUGGAUACCCGUGACGAGAAUCUAGUACCCACUCGAGGCUUUUAUUUGCGAACAGUUAGCGAGCUCGCUGGCCUUGGUGGCGACACAGCAUUUCUCAAGUCGGAGACUCACAGCCACCUAUCGAGACCUAUUUUCCCUGGUACUUCAUUGUCCUUCUCCGCCCGUUCUGGUGUCCUAUGGGGUCUAAAUGGAAAACCAAGUCUAUUUCCUGACCGCUUCCAAUUGGGAGGUCCUUGUUCCGUGCGCGCUUUCCGUUUCAAUUCCUUGGGACCACGAGCCAAUCGCCUUCCGCUUCACCCCGCUUCAACAUCGAUUUCUUCCGCGGCUGAUUCCAUUGGCGGUGAACUGUACUGGUCUGCAGGCGUCAGUGUUAUUUCAGACUUCCCAACAAAGCCGGAUUGGGCAUUGAAGACUCAUGCGUGGAUCAACGCAGGAAGGCUAGAUGACUUAAAUAAAUCUCGUCCGAUUGCUGAAACUGCUCGUGGCAUGUUGACACGGCCUUCCGUGUCAGUAGGGUUGGGUCUGAUCUAUAAUUUUGCCCCAGCAAGGAUAGAGCUCAAUUUUGGUCUCCCCCUCGUUGCAAAUAAGAGUGACGGAACACGUCGGGGGUUGCAAGUUGGAAUUGGGGUAGAGUUCUUGUAG